AUGCCCUAUGAUCUCGGAGAAAAUCCAUUUAAAAUAGUGUCAAUGAUGUUUAUUUCAUUUGCUUAUUUUGAAUUAGGAUUAGGUGAAGAUGGUAUAGAUAUUGAACUCAGUACUUCAAAACGAAAUAGUCCAGAUUUCCAACGACCCUAUCAAGAAAAGGAAUUUAAUGCUUUUAUAUCAGAUAAUAUUCUACUUGAUUGUUCACUCCGAGAUAUUCGUCAUCUUGAAUAA